CUAAGACAAGCUCGCUCUUGCAGAGGCUACCUAGCUCUUGGCUGCAGAAAUGAAACAAAACGGGGGAAAGAGACCUUUUUCUUCCUCCCUUUGCAGGCUUUUAAAACUUUUUAAACUUAGCUGCUGAAAUAAAGGAGAAGCUGAGCAAAGAGAAAGGAAAGAAACCCCAAAGAGGGAAGAUGGAUCAGGAGAAAGAAGUUUCUCCAGCAGGACUUUCUCGGAGCAUGUCCGAACCAGAUAUGACAUAUUUCACUCAUAAGGGGAUCUUGUUCACCCCUGUGGGAACUUCAGUGGAAAUACUGAAUUAUGUGGAAAAUGAAUUCCAGUUGUUUGAUGAUGAUGUUAUGACUGUCACAUAUCCAAAGUCAGGUACCAAUUGGAUGUUGGAGAUCUUGGGUUUGAUCCAACAUGGUGGGGAUCCAUCAUGGGUUCGCAGUACCCCAGUAUGGGAUCGAUGCCCAUGGAUUGAGGCUCAUGGCUGCYACCAAAAAGCCUUGAAAGACCUUCCACCCAGGCUUCUCACUUCUCACCUGCCAUUCCAGCUGUUCCCUAAAUCUUUUAUUCACUCCAAGGCCAAGAUUAUCUAUGUCUUACGUAACCCUAAAGAUGUGCUAGUUUCAAGCUACCACUUUUCCAAGUUCUUUAAAGGUUUCCAGGAUCCUGGGGCUAUGGAAGAAUAUUUGGAAAAAUUCCUGAGAGGAAAUGUUGCAUAUGGUUCCUGGUUUGACCAUGUGAGAGGUUGGAUGGAGUUGAAACACAGACCAAACUUCUUCUUAUUCACCUAUGAAGACCUACAGAAGAAUCUACCGGGCAAUGUGGAGAAGCUCUCUCAGAUCCUUGGAAAGAACCUGAACAGCCAGCAGAUAAACGCUGUGGUAGAAAAUGCCUCUUUCCAUAAGAUGAAGGAUAACAACAUGUCCAACUUCACUCAGUCACCACUUUUCGAUCAGAGCACAGGAAAGUUCAUGAGGAAAGGGAUCUCUGGUGACUGGAAGAAUCACCUGACGGUGACCCAGAAUGAAUACUUUGACCGUGUGUAUCAGGAGAAAAUGCAGGACAUAAAAACAACCCUACAAUGGGAGUGAAGAAUGCCAGAUGCUCUGUAUGCAAACAGUCCUAUCUCUCCGAGGUUUUGGGCAUAAUUAUAGUAAAUAUAAGAAACCUACUGUAAAGUUUUUAUUGCUGUAGAAGAAUUACUCCAAGAUGUCAACAAACAAAAGGAGGCACUAUAUUUUGAAUAGUAGAAAAGCCUAAAGGUUAAUGCUGUGCUAUAUUCUGAAUGGGUAGCCGAAAGGGUUUUGGCUUUCAGUCUGCUGAGGUUAAAUAGCUUGUCAUCUGUCUGAUAGAUGAUUUCCACUCUGGUGGGAAGCUUCCCAUUAACAAGGUGAAAUAUCAUAGCGAUGAAGAUGGAAAAUAAAGUUGGGGCAAUAACACAUCCCUGUUUGACACCUGAUUCCACCUUAAAUGGGUCACUUUGGGAGCCAUUGCUGUCCAAUACUGUUGCCAUCAUGUCAAAACCAAGGUUACAACAACAUCUAUUAUAGAACUCUAGUAUGCGGAUGACAACGUCAUCUGUGCGCAUUUAGAUGAAGACCUACAAGCCACUCUAAACACCUUCUCAGAAGCAUACGAGAAGCUUGGCCUGUCAUUAAACAUCGAGAAAACCAAAGUGCUCUUCCAGAAGUCACCAGCCAAUCCCUCUCAAAUACCAGAAAUACAGUUUAAUGGUGUAAAAUUAGAAAAUGUUGACCAUUUCCACUACCUUGGCAGCCACCUCUCCACAAACGUCAACAUUGACACUUAAAUUCAACACUGCCUGAGCUCUGCGAGUGCAGCAUUUUUCCAAAUGAAGCACAGAGUGUUUGAGGACCGGGACAUCCGUAGGGAUACCAAGGUGCUUGUUUAUAAAGCUAUUGUCCUCCCAACCCUGCUAUAUGCCUGUGAGACGUGGACUGUCUACAGACGUCACAUGCAACUCCUGGAACGAUUCCAUCAGCGCUGCCUCUGGAAAAUCCUGCAAAUCUCUUGGGAAGACAAGCAGACAAAUGUCAGCAUGCUGGAAGAAGCAAAGACCACCAGCAUUGAAGCGAUGGUCCUCCGCCAUCAACUCCACUGGACUGGCCAUGUUGUCCGGAUGCCUGACCACCAUCUCCCAAAGCAGUUGCUCUAUUAUGAACUCAAGAAUGGAAAACGGAAUGUUGGAGGGCAGGAAAAGAGAUUUAAAGAUGGGCUCAAAGCCAACCUUAAAAACUCUGGCAUAGACACUGAGAACUGGGAAGCCCUGGCCCUUGAGAACUCCAGUUGGAGGUCAGCUGUGACCAGCAGUGCUGUAGAAUUUGAAGAGACAUGAAUGGAGGGUGAAAGAGAGAAAUGUGCCAAGAGGAAGGCGCGUCAAGCCAACCCCGACCGGGACCGCCUUCCACCUGCAAACCAAUGCCCUCACUGCAGGAGAAGAUGCAGAUCAAGAAUAGGGCUCCACGGUUACCUAUGGACCCACUGCCAGAACACCGAACUUGGAGGACCAUCAUCCUUGGACUACGAGGGAUCGCCUAAGUAAGUAAGCCUAAAGGGUUAGCACGGUUCCAUCAUUUAUCAGUGAUAUAUCAUAGAUUGAAACUACUGUUGAAAUCCUGCAUCAAAAGAUGGGAUGUGAAACUCUAAACCUUGUCUUCCAUCUCUCCUUCCUCAAAACCCAGUUUUUUCAUCCUGCCCAACUCUUCCUUGAUGUGCCAUGGGCUGCUGCUGUAGAAAGAUGCUGGCUGAUGCCUCUGGGUACAAAUCAAAUGACAAUAUCAUCCAUUGAAAUCAUGCAGAAGAUGCCCAGCAACCUCUCUAGAGCUGUUUAAUUAUCACCUUGGAUAUUCACAGAUUAAAUAAAAUUGAAAUCACAACAUUUAUUUCA